AUGAGACUUUCCCAUCUGGCUGCUGGUGCAGCCCUUUUCGCCAGCUCGGCGCUCGCCGUCGACCCCAUCGAAAUCAAGGGUUCCAAGUUCUUCUACUCCAGCAAUGACACUCAAUUCUUCCUUCGCGGUGUGGCGUAUCAGAAGAGCACCACUGCCGACCCCUUGAGUACCAAGACCACCUGCGAGCGUGACAUCCCCUACAUGAAGGAGCUCCGCACCAACGUCAUUCGUACCUACGACAUUGACCCUACGGCCGACCACGAUGACUGCAUGCAGCUUCUCGCUGAUGCAGGCAUCUACGUUAUUGCUGAUCUUUCCAACACCAGCGUUGCCAUCGACCGCAGUGACCCUGCCUGGCAGCUCACCCUCUACAACCGCUACACCAGCGUCAUCGACGCAAUGGCUGGUUACAACAACACUCUCGGUUUCUUUGCUGGUAAUGAAAUCGCCAACAGUGUUGGAACCACUGAGGCCAUGCCUUACGUCAAGGCUGCCAUCCGUGAUAUGAAGACCUACAUCAGCAACAAGGGAUACCGUACUAUUGGUGUGGGAUACGCUACCGCUGACGUUUCUUCCAUCCGUAAUGACCUGGCCGACUACAUUAACUGCCAGUCGGAGUCCGUCGGCAUUGACUUCUUCGGUUACAACAUCUACUCCUGGUGCGGUGACUCGACCUACGCGGAAUCCGGAUACAAGGCCCGUACUGAGGAAUUCGCCAACUACUCCGUUCCUGUCUUCUUCUCCGAGUACGGUUGCAACAGUGUGACUCCCCGUACCUUCACUGAAGUUGCGGCUCUCUAUGGCGACACCAUGUCCCAGGUCUGGUCUGGCGGUAUCGUCUACGAGUACUUCCAGGACACCAACGACUAUGGUCUGGUCUCCGUCAUCGACAGCACCAGCGUCAGCACCAUGACCGACUUCAGCUACUACUCCAAGGAAAUCGCCAGCGCCACCCCCAGCAGCACCAACAAGGCCUCCUACACCCCCACCAACACCGCCCUCCGCAGCUGCCCUACUGAGGACUCCUCCUGGAAGGCCAAGGCCUCUCCCCUUCCCCCGACUCCCGACGCUGAUCUCUGUGAGUGCAUGGUCGACGCCGCCACCUGCACCGUCAAGGACUCCCUCGACUCCGACGACAUCGGUGACCUGAUGGGCGAGGUUUGCGGUAUGAUGUCCUGCACUGGUAUCACCGGCAACGGCACCACCGGCAAGUACGGCGCCUACAGCAUGUGCAACAGCAAGCAGCAGCUCGUCUUCGUCCUGAACGAGUACUACGAGAAGCAGAAGUCCGCCGGUAACUCCGCCUCUGCUUGCAGCUGGGGUGGCUCCGCUACCACCAAGUCUGCUACCUCCGCCACCGGUUCUUGCAAGACUUACAUGUCCGAGGCUGGUACCGCCGGCACGGGUCUCGUUACUUCUGACGCUACUGCCACUGCUGGAUCGAGCGGUUCGACUGCCUCGUCUACUUCCGGCUCCAGCGUUUCCGGUGGUGCCAAGGCUGUCCACGUCGGUUACUUCCAGCUCGCUGUUUACGUGGCCGUUGCUGUUGCUAGCGGAAUCGCUAUGAUUAUGUUGUAG